AUGUCCGAAGGCAGUGAUGAAGGUCGGCCAGGUACGGAUUACCCAGUACUAGGAAAAGUGCCCUACACCAAUUUUUAUUGCGAUGAUCAACCCUAUCCAGGUUUCUUCGCGGAUGUUGAAACAAGAUGUCAAGCUUGGCAUUAUUGUGACAUAGAUGGCAGACAAGCUACAUUUUUGUGUCCAAAUGGUACGCAAUUCAGUCAGAUCGUGUUCGUUUGCGAUUGGUGGUUCAACGUCAGAUGCGAAUUAAGUCCGAAACUGUACGUCAUCAACAGCCGAUUGUACGGCAAACCUACGGAAGAUCCAACAAGGCCGCAUCGAAUUAUUACCAAGGAACUUCUCGAAAAUAUCUUCGUUAAACGAAAAUGAAUUUCUUAUUUGUCGAAUACAAAAAUUCCUAUAUCUUUUUCUU